UGGUGCGGGUUCACGCGCCUGGAUCGAGGACGCAGUGGCUAAAGCUAAACAGGCAUCAGGAUACAGGCCUUGAAUGUUCACAGAAUCAGUCGUCGGUCAUUUUGUUCAGGCGGACCUCCGACCGGCAGGGAUUAGAGACGUGCCAGAUCAUAUGUGUUUGAAGGGGCAAAGAAAAGCGCAGGAUGGUUCGGGAAACCAGACACCUUUGGGUGGGAAAUUUACCGGAACACGUUCGAGAGGAGAAAAUUGUGGAGCAUUUUAAACGGUAUGGCCGUGUGGAGAGUGUUAAAGUUCUGCAGAAGCGAGGGUCAGAGGGGGGUGUUGCAGCCUUUGUGGAUUUUGUGGAUAUCAAAAGUGCUCAGAAGGCUCACAAUGCUGUCAACAAGAUGGGAGAUAGAGACCUUCGGACUGACUACAACGAGCCAGGGUCUGUCCCUAGUGCUGUGCGGGGCCUUGAAGACAGCUCCCCCUCAAGCAGUCGUGACGUUACAGGAUUCACUAGGGGAACAGUUGGUCCAGUCUUUGGCCCACCUGUGUCCCUUCACACCAGAGAGGGACGUUAUGAACGGAGAAUAGAUGGUAGUUCAGACAGCCGUGAGCGUGCAUACGAUCAUAGCCCAUACGGACACCAUGACCGCAGUGGAACUUUCGACAGACAGCGUCACUACAAUGCUGAUUAUUACCGUGAUCGCUCUGUGUUUGCUGCUGCUGGCCCAGGGAGCAGUGCUAUUGGAGGAAGUUUUGAUGCAUCAGACCCACAUUUUGACUCUAGAAUAAGAGACCCAUUUACUCUUACAAAUUCAACACGACGUGAUCUAUACAGAGAUGAUAGAGGGCGACGUGUUGAUCGAACCUAUCAUCACCGUCGAAGUCGGUCAUCUCAUUCCUCACAAUCAAGGCACCCUUCCCCUCAACGGACCCCAGGACAAACCCCUAAAACUCCCCAUUCCCCUAAAAGGACCCCCUUGUCCCCUGGAAGAGGCCCACGAUCACGACCUCACAGCCGAUCUUCAAGCUCUGACUCUGUCAGCAGCACCAGCAGCACAGGCAGCGGCAGUGAUUCAAACAGCAGCUCAAGUGAUGGAUCUCGGGCACGCUCUGUUCAGUCAUCAGCUGCACAUGCACUUCCUCAGUCUUCAAUGGUUCUUGAUUCUGAGGAGCCACGUCGAAGCUUUGGAAUUAAAGUCCAAAAUCUACCAGUGCGCUCCACAGACACAAGUUUAAAAGAUGGACUCUUCCAUGAAUUCAAAAAACAUGGGAAGGUGACCUCAGUGCAGAUCCAUGGAGCAUCAGAAGACCGUUAUGGUUUGGUGUUCUUCAGACAGCAAGAGGAUCAGGAGAAAGCCCUAACCGUAUCAAAAGGAAAACUCUUCUUUGGCAUGCUUAUUGAGGUCACUGCCUGGAAUGGUCCAGAAACGGAGAGUGAAAAUGAGUUCAGGCCCUUAGAUGGGCGCAUAGAUGAGUUCCACCCAAAGGCCACUAGGACUCUCUUUAUAGGGAACCUUGAGAAAACCACCGGCUACCAGCAGCUCCUUGAUAUUUUUCAAAGAUUUGGAGAAAUUGUGGACAUUGACAUCAAGAAAGUAAAUGGAGUUCCCCAGUAUGCCUUUGUUCAGUAUUUUGAUAUUGCCAGUGUUUGCAAAGCCAUAAAAAAGAUGGAUGGAGAGUAUCUAGGGAGCAACAGACUAAAGCUUGGUUUUGGGAAGAGUAUGCCCACAACAUGUGUUUGGCUUGAUGGUUUGACAGCCAAUAUAACAGAGCAAUACCUCACAAGGCAUUUCUGCCGCUAUGGACAUGUGGUCAAAGUUGUGUUUGAUCGACUAAAGGGGAUGGCCCUCAUCUUGUACAACAACACAGAUUUUGCUCAGGCAGCUGUAAGGGAGACCAAAGGCUGGAAGAUUGGUGGCAAUAAAAUAAAGGUGGAUUUUGCAAGUCAAGAAAGUCAGGUGGCGUUCUACCGCUCUAUGCAGGUUUCUGGUCAAGACAUAAGAGACUUCUAUGAAAUUCCACCUGAACGACGAGAGGAUCGCAGACCUCCCUAUCAUGAAUUUACAGCAGAGAGAGCUUACUAUGAGAACAUACGAACCCCUGGCCUUUAUCCAGAAGAUGCUCGAAGAGAGUAUGCUGCACGGAGCAGAGACCGCUUUCCUGAACUCGACCAUUAUGAAGGGAAUCACUUUGAUCCACGUUACCAUGAAGAUCCAAGAGACUAUAGGGACUACAGAGACCCCUUUGAGCAAGACAUCAGAAAAUACACAUAUAUUCAAAGGGAGCGUGAAAGGGAACGAGAGCGUUUUGAAGCUGAUCAUAGCAGGUGGAGCCCAUCUCAUCCAAGGCGACCUAUUACUCCAACAGUAUCACCCUCACCAUCUGAGCGUGCUCCCAAAGACUCAGAGCGCCGAGUGUACAGCCAAUCCUCUGAGAGAAGUGGUAGUGUUAGUUCAGUGUCGCCACCCCAUUUUGAUAAGUCUGAAAAGACUCUGGUAGAACUUACCUCGAAAAGUGAGAAGAGCAGUCAACCAGAGCGUGUUGCAGGAGCUGAGAAAAAAAGAGCUAAACGAAAAGAUAAAGUUGACAAAGACAAACCUGACAAGAUUAAAUCAAGGAAAGCAAAGGGUCAGUCCCCAUCCAACCCUGUUAUGGAUAUUGAGCUUGAGGCUGGUUUUGAUGGAGGGUCUGUAAGAAGUAGGGGAUCAGACCAAGAUGCCCAUGAGAAACAGAAAUCUAAAGGGGAUGGUGACAAUCUUUCUGGAAAUCCAUCAAUUGCUCUUCAGGACUCUGUCAAAAGUGAGCGAUCUGAAAUGACUAAAGGCGAUAAUUCGGAGUUGGAUGGGAAAUCUCGACUCAAAAAACAUCAGAAGUCUGAGACUGGAAACGAUGGGAAAGAUUCAUCAGUGGAGUCAGAUCGACUUGCUGCAAGGAAAAGGCGCUUUGCUGAUCCUGGUGGAAGGACUGUUCAUCAAAAGAAAAGCAAGCAUGAGGAGGAGGAUAGUAAUCAGUCUUCAGACUUUGGGGCCACACCAGCUUAUUUGAAAGAAUCAGAGACUGACAAACAUAAGGAUUCACAACGUAGAGAUACAAGACUAAAACCUGAUAAAAGUGGCACUCAAAAGAAUGGCCAAGAGGACCUUAGAGGACAAAGAGAAAAUUCAGAGGGUUCUUUGGACCCAUUGGAGUCAAAACGACAUCCAGGGAGUACUUCAUCCAGAAGGCUCUCACAAGAUGGGGGUUCAGAUCAAAGCAGUGUAAGAGAGCAAGACCACCAUGCUUCGUUCAAACUUCAGAAUGUUGAAACUAACAAAAAUGCAAAGAAUAAGGAAGACCACGUUGACAUUGAUCUUUCUCAGAGUUAUCGCAAGCAGAUGGAGCAGAAUAGACGUUUGCAACAGCAGCGCGAGUCUGACAAACGUGAUAAACUAGGAAGCCCCCAAAGAAAUGAAACGGAGGACUUGGAACAUCGUAGUCUUGUGCAUGAAGUUGGUAAACCACCUGAGGAUGUGACAGAUAAUUUCCCAUCCCACAAAUUGAAAAAAUUAGACCAGUUUGACUCAGACUCUGGUAUAAAGAGAGAGCGUGUCUAUAGAAGCUUCAGACAAAAAAGUGAAGAUCCUGACUGGAACAGCACUCCCUCUCCAGGGCAUCAGCACCUUCCUCACCUUGCAAAUGAAGAUGUUUCGGAUGCCUCUCAGAAAGAGUUAAAUAGGAACGAAGAGAAAAUUCACCCAGAUUUGGAUCUGUCAGUCAAAAGGACACACAACACACAGGUGAACAAGACAAACACUCCUUUACUUGGUGUGGAAGAAGAGCAGCAGAAGAGGUGGGAGGGCAGAGCUAAACAAGACUUGGGUCCUAACCUCAACUUUUCUAGAAGCUUAAGUAAAAACAUUCACAAUCGCAAACGAUUGGAGUAUGGCAUUUGGCAAGACCUGGAACCUGGGGAAGUCCGAUCAGACUCUGAGGAGGACAGAGAGACCAAACCCCAUUCCCCUGUGCCCUCUACAUCUAUGCCUUAUUCUGAAAGGCCAAGGGCUGAUAGGUUUUCAGAUCCUAAACAAGCACAUCUAGAGAGAAACAAAUUUUACUCCUUUGCACUUGACCAGACCAUCACACCUGAUACAAAGGCCCUGCUAGAACGGGCAAAAUCUCUCUCGUCGUCCCGAGAUGAUAACUGGUCGUUUUUAGAUUAUGAUUCUCACUUUGCAAAUUUUCGCAAUAGGAAAGACACAGAAAAGGUAGAAUCAGCGCCAAGACCAACACCUUCUUGGUACUUGAAAAAGAAAAAGAUACGAAGUGGAUCUGAAGACAAACUUGAUGAAAGGAAAGCAGAGCCUAAACCGGAAGAGCAAGAACGCAGGGAACUAUUUGCCUCACGCUUUCUUCACAGUGCUGUUUUUGAACUGGACUCUAGACGCCUUCAGCACUUGGAACGCAAACAUGAAGAACUUGAGCAUAUGCAAAACCAACAACCUGGUCAGCAAGGUACAGAUGGUGAACUUGAGACAGGGCCAGUUGUCCUUUUCCACAGUCGGUUCUUGGAGCUCAUGCAACUACAGCAGAAGAAUAAAACUCAGCAGGAGACAAAAGAAGAUGUAGAUAAGGAGAAAAAAGCACCUGAAUCAGAAAAACAAGCUCUGCAGUCUCCUGACGUAGCAGAGUCUGUCACACAGGCAGAAAUUAAACCAGUCAGUCCUGCUGAAGAAGUUAUUCCUGAACCCAGGCAUGCACCUAAUUCUGUCAACCAAUCUGUUAUCAAAGACUUGACUCCAUCUGAUGAAAAAUUGGAUUCAUUGAAAAGUGUUCCAUUGAAUCCAGUCUCUGACUUGUGUUGCCCUGUUUUUUCGAUAAAGGAAGAAGUAAAAGAAACUAAAAGUCUUGAAUCUAUGCACCCCCUGCCAACUGAGACAUCAGAUUCUGAACCUGAACCUGUAAAAGCGCCUGAACCUAAUUAUUCUCUUAAUAAACUUUCUCCAUCUGAAGAGAAGCUAAAUGCUGCUGAGGACGUAAAACCUCCAUUCACAGAACAAACAUCCUGCCUUAAUUCUCAUGAAGAGUUUGUUGCUAGUUCUGAACCAGAGCUAGAUCCUGAGACAGCAAAACAAGAGGAUCCAGUAGCCAGUUGUCCAGUACUACCUACCUUUGUUGAGGAAGUGAAUAUUACCCCAAAAGAGACUCAUUUAGUAGUAGAGCCAGAAGAAAAGAAACUUCAAGUUGGCAAAGAACAAAUGCCUGUUGAUGGUGAUACAAAUGAAGAGCUAGUUUCCUGUCAGAAAGAGAAUAAAACAAAAGAAAUGAAAACUAAAAAGGGCAAACAAUCCCCUGCUCAAGUUCCUCCAGUUCCUGUAAUGUCUACCUCUGUUUCUGAGAAACCAGCCACACGCAAGAGUGAGCGCAUUGACAAAGAGAAGCUGAAACGUGGCUCAUCUCCAAGAGCUGAAUCAAAAUCUACAAGUAAGUCUCCCAUUCAUGGAUCAGAUCCUGAUACCUUGGAGCAGAGCAUACCUUUAGGCAGAGCAAGACGAAGAAAUGUUAAAUCUGUUUAUGCCACACCAGUUGAAGAUGAUGCACCAGUUCGUUCUGGAAAAGAAAUUACAGAGUCACCGCGCUCUGUGCGAAAGCGAGGUACAGACAAAGAUACAGCACAGCAAAAUUCUGAGUUGGAGCCACCUGCACCUGCCCCUCCAACAAAAAGAGGUCGUCCUCCCAAGAACCGCAAACAAGGUGAGGAGAGUACAUCUGCUAAAGUGGAAAAACCCAAACCAGACAAUAAAGACACUGACAUAAAUGAAUUGGAAAGUGCUGAACAAAUACCAAGGGUGUCUAAAGGGAAACCAUCCCCUCUUGUCACGAAAGGUUCAAAUCAGAUGUCCACAUGUCUAGGAUCUGGAUCAACAAGAAAAGGAGAGAAAACUGAGACACCUGAAGAUCAAGAAAUUGAUAAUACAGACACCGUGGCUGUGGUAGACUCAGGUUCAGUUAAAGAUCCAUCAGUACAACUUGACCAAAUGAAAGGAGAGAAAGACAAAGAAACUGCAGAGUUGGGCAAUGAGAAAGAAGGCCACCAUGAAAAAACAUUUGAGGGCAAAUCCAAUGGGAAAAAGACAGAGUCCCUUACUGUUGAGGACAAACCCAGUUCAGAGAAAGAAAAGAUAGUCAGAGGAAAAAUUAAGUCCUCAAGGACCCCAAAGUCUCCUGUCCUCAAGAACCUCAAAAUCAGAUUGAAUGUCACAGAGGUGAAAGAUCUUCUUCAGUUAGGUGAUGAAGAAGCUGGAGAAGAGACGACAAAAAAGAUGAGAUCGGUUGACACAAACGAUUCUGUUUCAAAUAGCCCUAAUGCUAAUAAAGAAGGCCUUCAUGAAGAAAAAGAAAACGAGGAACUUGAAGCCUCCAAAAGUUUAUUUUCACAGGAGCGUGAAUUGGAACAGGCAGUGGAGAACAUUGCCAAACUAACAGAUCCAACUUUUCCAACAAAACCACCGACACCACCUGUCCCAUCUGCAGACAUAAAAAGUGACAUAGAGCAAGAAAAACCUUCUAACCCUGCCAGUGAAACCGAACUUAUGGCUGCUAUUGAUUCAAUAACUGCAGAAGAUACAAGGAUGCAAGCUCCCCCACUAAGUACAGAAAUGGGUUCAGAACCUGAGAUACAAGACUUUGUUCAGCCUGUCAAGGAAGAUGAACCUGAGACAAAUACCUCUGCUUUACAACAGGAACCUCCCUUCACAAACACACCCAAAAAGGGCACCAAGGGAAGACCAAAGACCCCUAAGCGUUCUAAACCCCAAAAGCAAGUAAGAAAAGAUUUGAAGGAAGGACAGUCAUUAAGCGAGGAACUAACACCACCCCUAGAUGACGGUACAGCUUCAGAUAAACCAAUUGUACCUGAGACUCCCCCUUCAGCAGCAGCUGCUGCAGUCAUUACUGCUACUACUUGGAAGCCAGACUCUGAGCUUUCAGAUGUCAAUGCUACAGAUGUAAACAAAGAAUUGGAAUCAUCUUCAAAAGAACAAAUACUGGCUCGUAAAUCGGCGUACCCCCAGUCUAAGAGUCCAAUAUGCCCAAAGCCUCAACAGUUGCCAACCGACAUCAUCUCCCCUUCAAUGUCUCCUCGACCAAACAGGCCAAGUAUUAGACCCAUCCAGACUAACAGAAUCGCUGUUUCUCCGCCAGAUUGGCAGCACCAGUCCAAAGAUACAGGUGUUUCCUCCUCACCUGUCAUGCCAUUAGCAGCCAAGGAAAGUCAACAUCUACCCUCAGACCCUGAAAACAUGGAUAUUGAUCAUGGAACAAGUGACUUGAGACAAAUUGUUAUUAAACAUAAAAGUAUUUCACUGCCAAGCAGUAGUUCUGUUGCAAGUAAUCUGUCCCGUUUUCGUGACCAGAACCCAUCUGAAACUAGUAUGCCCCUCACAACUGUUCUGAAAAGCCAGUCACCACUCCCCGACAGUAAAAUGUCGACUCAUUCAGCCUCUCCUAUUAUUCGAACUUCAACCUCACUAACAUCCCCGGAGACAAAGUCUGUGAUUUCUGUUAUUGCAUCUACAGCAACCUCCGUUAUCAGCCGUGUUUGCAAUCCUCCUGAGCCCGAGGAAAAAAUUAAUAUAAACAUUGGUAAUCCUUGUGUGGACAUGGCUCUGCCUAAACCAAGCUAUAGAACCAGCAAAGAUGAUACUGGGUCAUACCAUGGGGCAUCUGCUAGUGAUGAUGGCGGGAGCACCACACGUUGCAUUGUUAAGAGCCCCACUGUUGGCACUGGGUCCUGCUCUGGUCUGAGAGUAAAUACAUCUGAAGGAGUGGUAGUAUUGAGCCACUCAGGCCAGAAAACAGAGGGACCUCAAAGAAUCAGUGCAAAAAUUAGUCAAAUCCCACAAGCAACAGCAGGUGACAUGGAAUCUCAGCAGUUGGUUGCCAUGCCCCAGAUUAAACAGGAAAUGUAUGGUCAUUCUCAGUCAGGACUGCAGAAGGGGCCUUCAUUACAGGCAGAUCAUGGACAUGCUGGCAAACAGUUAGCUCUGACUUCUAUUAAACAAGAAAGCUGUGGUUUGGAAAAGAUGGAUCCUGCUUACCAACCUGGACCCCAAGGAGUGGUAAAGCGGCUCCCACAGAGUGGCCAGCAAGUAAUGGGUUAUCAUCAAGAUUACAUGCAGUUAAAACAUCAAAAGAAAAUUGACAGUUCUGAUCCUCAUGGUACAGAUGGAGCUAAACCUUCUUGGACUUCUGCUGUGAGUCCUGCAAUUAGCCCCCAUUUGCCUUCUCCACCUGGAAACCAUGUAGGUUUUGUAACGACAGCUGGGGAAAGAGCUCCUUCCCAUAUUGGUGGGAUCAAACAAGAACCCAGAUCCCCACGAAAAUCAGGCCAUCCUCACCCUCCAUUUACUAAAGUGUCCUCACCCAUAGGCUCCUCAUCACCUAAGGGCAUCCCAGUUAUGUUAUCAGCUGGUCAUCCUAGUAUGCAACAGUUUAUUACAAGUGUACACCAUCCAGAACAGUCUGUAAUCAUGCCACCCCACAGUGUGCCUGGAGGUUUGGGACGGAUGUCUCCUCACUGUGUUACCCAGUCUAUUCCGGUGGGACAUCUUGUUCAAGACGUUAGGGUCAAUACUCCACCGCUUUCAGUGAUGAGCUAUGGGAUGCAUAGUGAGCCUCUUGGCUCUCCUUGGUCUGGCCCCAUGCAGCCACGGCCUUCCUCACCCCAGGCUGUUGGCAGAGACAAAGUUCUAAAAGUUAACCCUGGUUCUUUAAGGAGUCAUGAAGGAGAACAGGAGGAAUCCAGACGCUUCCACUCAACAGGAAGACCCUCUGCCACUCUGCAGUCAGAUCCUCGUGGGCCUUUGAGGAGUGGUGUUCCUUUGGAAACAUACAUUGCACCAAGGGAUAUGCGUGUGCUCUUGCACCAACAAGGAGGGGGCACAGACCCUCAUUCUGGACACAUUCAAGAAACAUUUCCCCCCUCUUUAUCUCCAAGAACUCAUGUUUUGCCAAAAGGUGUGUCUGACAAGGAUAUAACCAAGUCAUUGGAAGCAAAGAGGCCACAUUCUCCUCUUACUAAAGAAGGAAUAAUGGGGAUCAGGCAAUCUGGGCAAGCAAUGGCAUCUCCUCAGCGAGUUCAGCUAAUGCCACAAGGGCCUACUGGCUCAUUCCCAGAGUACACAGGACUGUACUCAAACCCAAGAGGCAUCCAUCCUCAAAUACCAGAGACUUCUGUUGGACAUGCCCAGCCACCGCAGAACGUCACACAAUCUAUGGGUGCAGACCUCCAGACAAAACCAGAUGGCAAGAUGACGCAGCCUGUUAAUAUGGUGCAGUUGCUCACAAAAUAUCCUAUUGUGUGGCAAGGCCUUCUGGCACUGAAGAAUGACACAGCUGCAGUCCAGUUGCAUUUUGUCUGUGGAAACAAAGCUCUAGCUCAUCGGUCCCUACCUCUGCAAGAAGGAGGUGCCCUUCUAAGGAUUGUCCAGAGAAUGAGACUAGAGGCUUCACAGCUUGAGAGUGUAGCCAGAAGGAUGACGGGGGACAGCGAUUUCUGCCUUCUCCUUGCUUUGCCCUGUGGACGUGAUCAAGAGGAUGUACUAAAUCAAACUAAUGCUCUUACAACUGCAUUCAUCAGCUAUUUGCAGACAAAGUUGGCAGCUGGUAUAAUUAAUAUCCCCAAUCCAGGUUCUAAUCAGCCUGCAUAUGUGCUUCAGAUUUUCCCACCCUGUGAGUUUUCAGAGGGCCACCUGUCACAACUCGCCCCCGACCUUCUGAACAGGAUCUCCAGCAUCUCACCACAUCUCAUGAUUGUCAUAACAUCGGUGUAGCCAUCACCGCUGAGACCCGUCCCAUCAAUGGACGUUUUCAUCAAUGAGCCUCAGGAAACCAGAGGAAUAUAUAUUUUCUUUUCUUUUUUUUCUUUUUCCCUCCCACCACCCCUGGACAUCAUGGGCAAUGUGUAGGAUGUACCCUAGCAACAGUUUUUACUUUUCUUCCAUCAGUCUUUGUUUUUUUUAUCACUCCUGUCUGGUGUAUUUGUCCUUCUCAAAAGAACUCAGGGAUGGAACAAACCAGAAUGAGUCUUACUUGACCAUCUGCUGUAUUUCUAUUUAUUGAAGUUUUAUUUUAAGUGUUUGGAGAUACUUUGGAGAAGAAAAAAUCAGGACGUUUGAACAAGACUUGCUGACCUAUCUGGAUGGCCUAUUUCUUACAUUUGUCUUGUCAUAUUCAUUUCUUUAACAGAGGAUCAUAGCAGCUGUUGGACCGCAACAAAUGAAGAGACAUUUCAAAAUGUAAUUUUAAAUGAUUGUGUACAGACUUCUUCACACAGGCUUAUGUUGGAGGAGGAAGAAUUGAUGUGUAAAUCUUGGAGACCCUGUUGAGGACCAUGUUCAUUUAACAGCUCCUUUUUAUUCCACCAACUGCUCAUUUUCUCACACUACUGAAGCAGUUGCACCUCUGGCACCUUGCCUUUGCAUUGAACAAGCUACAGUCUGAUUUGGGAGUUUUUGAUUAUGGAACUUUGUAAAUAUUUUAAAUAUUUAAACGUCAACAGAACUUGGACAACUCGACAGACAUCAUCUCUGAGACAUAAAACACAGAGUGGUAGGAAUUUGGAUGGAUCCUUAAUUUUUGGGUGUAAAUACUUGUAACACAAGAAGGUUGGCAAACUCCUUGUGGAGUCUGCUGAUGGCACUUCAUAUUUUGUAACUCAAAUAAAACAAACUCCAGAAAACAUG